GCCAUGUGUACAUGCCUUGGACUUUUGUCUUCGAUCUUGGGUUUUCCCUGCACUAACCCGAUUUCUAUAAGAACUUGUCCAGGCAAAAUAUUUUUGUAUUGACUUUUUCCUAACGUUUGGCAACUAGUUUACCUGUCCUGUUGGGAAAAGUAAUGUUCCCGUGUUGGUUUCAGCGGCACAUGCCUGAGGCAGAAGUUGCUUGUUACAUUUCACACCAAUCUGGGUGUCACAUUUUAUUUUUUCAGCGAAAUAUUGGGUUUAUUGCUGAGGCUCAUUUGAGGUUUGCACAAGCCAUUCUGCACAUAGAGUGCAGAAAAUGAGAGAGCAUUCUCUGGGCCUAGGAUGCACACAGCCAUCACAUUGAACAGACACGGAAAGAAAAUGUCUGUGUGCAGUGAAUUUGUGGAACACAUUUGGAAGCCUGGAUCCUGCAAAAACUGCUUUCACCCACGAAGUGACCACAGACAGCCACAAUCACUCUCUGAUGGGAAAAACGGAAACCUACCAGCAUUGCAUAGUCUUAAUGGGAUUAAACUCAAAUCUGGCAAUGCCAGUCAGGAUGACGAUACUGUCAUAGCUGCUUUGUAUACAAAACCCACAAUUGCUGUGAAACCAACCAUGCUUACCUCAGAUAAUGAGAUGUGGACAGAGCUUAACAGCACAGAGACCCUAACUCAGGUUAGUUGGAAGAUGUCUCAGACAAGCAAUCCCUUCAAUCAAAAGUUCCACACUUACAAUGACAAUUCUCCCAAUUAUGUUUUCAAUGGACUAAAGAGCCCUGACAGGAAGAUGGGGAUAAAUGCUGUGAACAACCUAACAUAUGUGAGCCAUUUUAGUGGUCAAUCAGAUAAAGCAACAUUUAUAAAGGAAACACUGCCUACUACCUUUGAACAGACUACUAAUGGAAACCUUGUUAAUGGAGAUGCAAAGACAUUAAGCUCCAUUCAGGAAGAAUCUACAUUACUUUCUUUAAAGAGCAGCAGUGGUUGCUCCUCAGGAACUCUAUCCUCUACAGAAAGGACCACUCCACCUGGAACUUUACUUACCAGGGGCAUUUCAGUGUCCCAGGGCACUGCUAAGUCUGGAAUGGGACAGUGUAAUUUGGGUAACCCAACACCUAUAAAGCCUACUAGAAAAUUCCAAGACAAAAACUGCUUAAAAAGCUUAGAGCUAGGUUCUAAUAAGAAGCAGAAUUGCAGCGAUCUAAAAUUAACACUUAAUUCUGAGUCAGAUACCCUAACAAGCAAUUUGUCGUGUAGCUUUACAAGGGACAACCCUCUUGGAUCACCUCCAUACAAAGAUUCCCAGACUUCUGAGUUUCACUUAUCUAAGGAUUCCAAAAAUCUGGCAAAACACUCCCAGCAGCUCACAUACCUGGAGGAUCAUCUACAGAUCCAAGCUGAAGGAAGUAACAGUGAGCCUAUUUAUGCAGAGAGUACAAAAAGGAAAGGAGUUUUGAGUAGGUUGGAGAUCAAGCCACAAGCUCAAAGGAAUACAGAAAAAAAUGUUUUAUCCCCAAACCGUCCUAUUUUCGAGGAGAAGAAAGAGAUUACUACAACCCAGAUUGCUGCCAAAAUUACAGUGAUGGCAGCCCAUACAGAAGAAGAUAAUAGAACAAUAUUUCUUAGCAGUCCAGAUUCAGCAGUUGGGGUUCAGUGGAAAUGUAAUAGUCCAUUAUCGUCUUCAGGAAAUUCAAAUAUGUCACAAUUUGUCUGGGGAGAGAGAAUCCAAGGAAGGCAAGAAUUAAAAGCUACUGAGUUAAAUAAAAGGUACUGUGGUCCUUUAUCUCCUAAAAGUCAAGGGAAUAGCAGUACUGUUGUGUCUUCCAUGCUAAUAAAACCAGAGGAGUGCACUAGUAUGAAACUUUCCUCACCGACACACACUGCUGGGAUUUUACAUUUGUCUUCUCAAAAAAAAGAAUCGCUUGAGGUAAAUGACAGGUGUCUGCAAUCUACAGAGCGAAGGCACAGGUACUAUCAGGCACAAUGGAGCAAGCAGUGUAAAAUUGAUGAGGAAGAAGAGGAGGAAGCAUCCGUCUCCCAGCCUUCAAGGAUAAAUGUGGUCAGCAAUGGACAACUAACAAAGUCAAGUUUUAAUUACGAGGACAAAUCCAGUGUGGAAGAGCAGAAAUCAAGGAAAGGCAUGAGUAAAUCUGCUUCCUGUCCUGUAGAACUGUCUAAAGCAAACCAUGAAAAAUAUCAUGCCAGCCAGCCUCCCCCUCCUCCACCUAAGAAACAGACACGGCAUCCUCUAAAAUUAAAUAAGAGUAGCACUGAUCUGGAUGUGGCAAGCCUUGGCUCAGUGGAGAGUCUGGGAGAGUCAUGUAAAGCCACAAAUGUUUUAAAUGUGAAUGUCAGUUUCAGCACUGGCUCCAUAGACAGCCUUGAUUCCAGGACUUGCAGUGAAGAAGGUCACUGUUUUGAAGUAGUGAAUUCACCUUCUAUUUCUCCUGGAGGCAAAAAGAAACAUUUCACAAAGAUCUUAUCUCUGGAUUCUGGAGAGGAUUCUCAACAUGGAGCCAUUCAACCACCUCCGUUGCCAGUAAAGAAAUCAAUGAAUAGAGCAUCUUCAGUGCCAGACAAUUCUGCUUUGGGACGGACCAAUCAUUCAAGAACUUUAUUAAACUCAAACAAUCCCAGAUACAAUCUUAGCCAGUCAGAAAACAAUGUGUGUGGAGAGAUAGCAACACAGUCCAGUUUACUUUUAAGUCCUGGAGAAAAACAUGUCAUGUUUUCCUCCUCUGAAUCCCUAGAGAAGUGUUGCAGAGGUAGUGGGCACAGAAAUGAAGUAAGAACCAGAAACUCUGUUCAGGGAAAAGGUCUUUCUUCUUCUCAAUUGAGUGUUUCUAGUCAAAAUACCUCAGGAUCCAGCCUUCAGCUCCACCACCUGCUGAGUAACAUUGACAGCAAAGAGGGAAUGUACGGCAAGCUUAGUGGACUUUAUGCUCAAUCCAUGCGCCGCUUAGUGAACAAAUGUGAAGACCAUUUUAUGAGGGAACAAAAACAAGAACUCCACUUCAAUGAAAACAACUGGUCACUCUUUAAGAUAACAAGUAACAAACCGUGCUGUAUUGCUGGGCAUGCCAUUUAUUAUUGCGUCAAAUGUUCAAAAGAUCCAUGUAACAACUAUUCUGUAAAGAUGUGCAAAUCUGAGGAUGCAAAAGCUCCAUCAAGUCUGUCACUCCCAGUCCACUUUAACAUACAGCAGGAAUGCGGAAGUUUUGUGGCCACUGUUCCAACAAAUAUGUUACAUCCACCCGACGUAUCCAAGGGCCCCUCUUCUAAUGACAGUUCUCAGACUGUGGGUCCAGCUAGUGAACAGGAGUGUGUGGUGGUGAUCACCAGAGAGGUUCCCUACCUCACCGCUGCAGAAUUUGUAGACGAGUCCGUAUCUGCACACAAACUGCAGCCUGAGGUUUAUGAGCGUCAGGUUUGCCUUCUCUUGCUCCAGCUCUGUAAUGGUUUGGAGCAUCUAAAGGAACAUGGCAUUAUCCAUAGAGAUUUGUGCUUGGAAAAUCUCUUGCUUGUUCAUUGGCAGAAUUCUUCUGAAAAGGUCAAAGAUGUAAAAUAUGUUCCUAGACUCAUUGUUAGUAAUUUUUCCAAAGCCAAACAAAGACCUGGCUGUGAGGAGUCACAGCCGAGGAGAGAUAAAACAAGACUCGCACCUGAAAUUAUGGCAGCUUCCCAAUAUAAAAAAUUUGAUGAGUUUCAAACUGGAAUCCUUAUUUAUGAGCUACUCCAUCAACCUAAUCCGUUCGAAGUUCGCACAAGCCUUCAUGAACAUGAUUACAGCCAGAAAGACUUGCCAUCACUUCCAGGUUUGUCUGUUUAUUCUCGUGGGCUUCAGCACCUUGCUCACUUGCUGCUGGAGGCUGAUCCAAUUAAACGCAUCCGUAUUUCUGAGGCUAAACGGGUACUUCAAUGCCUCUUGUGGGGUCCAAGAAAAGACUUGACAGAUCAACCCUUUAGCCAUGAGGAAGCGUUCCACUGUGCUCUUCAAAACUGGGUUGACAUGAAACGUGCCCUCCUGAUGAUGAAGUUUGCUGAGCAGGCACUUGAGCCCCAGCAAAAUAUUUCAUUGGAGGACUGGCUCUGCUGCCAGUACUUAGCAUCAGCCGAUCCAUGUUAUCUGUAUAAAACACUUAAACUCAUUAAGUUAAUUGCAUCUGUGUCCUCCAGUGCCAAAAUUUAAAUAAACCUGGAGAGCCAACUGAUUAAUAAAAAAUUGCUCUUUUGCACUGGAAAAUUAACACACGUCUAACGUUGAAUAACUAUAGUUUGGUCUUCAGAUAAUCAUUAAUAUUUCUUGAUUGCGCAAGAAUUCUCAAUUUAUCCCCAUUGUUUUGAAAAUAAAUGUACUUGUUAAGUGGGGUCACUGCAACUUUCAGUGUUCAGAGCUGCUGCAGUAUAAAUUAAAAUAUCUACAUUGUUUUACUACAGAAGAACCUAUUGGCAGUAUUUCCUUGUUACUCCACUUACUGGUUAGAAAAGGAAGCGCUAUUUAAAAAUAUGUAAAGGUUUUCUGGUGUGUUUACUACUCAACAACACUGUGGUUUUCAGGAUGAACCAACUGUUUGUUACAGGUGCUACAUUUUCUUUGCUUUAAGAAUGUAAAUUAAACCAUGGCUGUAGUUUUUUUUUUUUUAUCCCUACAGUUUUUAGAUUAGUGGAGGUAUUCAUUUCAAUACAGAGGAUAUGUGUAUUACUAAAGCUUGUUUUGUGUUCAGGGUGUUACAAAAAAAACCAGCACCACAUAAUAAGAAGCUCUUUACUAGAUUUAUAAACACGUAAAAUAUAUUUAAAAAAUAAACUUUUCUGCACAGCUUGAUAUAUUUAGAUGUAAAUAUGUUAUGCUUUAAAUCAGAGAUCUGCAACCUGGAGCUCUUAAACUGUAGCUCAUGUACAUCACCCAGCAUCCAGUAUGUUAUCGGAGAGUGCUGGGCAUUACAGUUAGGCAACAGCUGGUUUGUAGAUAUUUGGUAUAAGAAAAUGUGUAAAUAUAUUUUGUACAUUGUAGAUGUGUAUAUGCUUGUAUAUAUAUAUAUAUAUAUAUAUAUAUAUAUAUAUAUAUAUAUAUAUAUAUAUAUAUAUAUAUAUAUAUCAGAAUAUCAUAUUGUGUAUUUUUCUGUCUGAGGGCCUACACAUUGCAGUGCAAUGAUAUACAGUGGCCGCUUGAGCAAUUUAGGUUUAAAAUUUUUAUAAAACAAUUUCAAAAGUACUUAACAUGAGAUACAAGAAAGUUGGGAAACUACUCCUUUCUCUUUUUUGUACUUCCGAUUGUAAAUUUUGUUAAAAAUAAAACUUAAAAUAUGGUAA